AUUACAACAAAUAUAAGUAUAAUGUGCGUCUUGUUUUAUGUUGAACGUCAAGUUUGACAGAUGUGGGUGUUACUACACAUCAAAACAAAAUCUUUGGUUAGAAAUGGGGCAAAGAUAAAUAAUCAGCUGCCAAUUUAUAAGAUAGCUCUCUCACUGCCACUGAAAGUUUCGCCUUUUCCCACUUUUUUUCAAGUUGUGCUCUACUGGUAGUCAAUUUUUUUCAGUGACGUAAUAAUGUAAAUGUUUGAAUAGUUAAUGUAUUGGUGCAGUUGUCAACAAUAUUUACCAUUCCUUCUCAUAAUCUGAUACCCAAACCUUCGAGGAUUUAAUAUGUAUAAUGUUGGAUUAUAUACAAUCCAAAACAACUACAGUGAUUGAUUCAAGUCCCAGCAUUCGUGGGAACUAAAGACUGAUGUGCCUUCUUUGCAGGGGGAGGGUUUCAAAAUUUCAUUUACGGAAGUGCAAUUAAUGAAUUAUGGAAUUCGAUUCUGUUAGCCUAGAUUCAGAUGAAGGAGUUGAGUUACCAGUCCAUGAACAUGGUUGUUACUACCCAGGGGAUUUUCCAUACAUGGAGGAAGAAAACCAACAGAUUGUUCUGGAGGCCAAAACUGUAUAUCUUCUUCUACCGAAAAACGUACCAGUUUCAAGAGCUGCUAGACUUCAGUGGCUCUUGAACCAUCUCAAUUCCGUCGUAACUAUGCCUACUGUUCAAAAAUGGAACAACUCGACCGAAAUUGAAAUAGUGUCCAUUGUGGCGAGGGAGCAACUGAUAACGAAGUGCAAUAAAUUCCAAAUAACCUGCCGUACUGAAUUGAAAUUUUUGGCUCAUUCCUAUAGAAUAGUUUAUUGUUUGGACAUGAGUCCAUCACAAGCUACUAUUGACAUUCAGAAAGGAGAAGUGUUGUUCGACGAGAUUUUUAACUGUUUCAAGCAUAGCCUUGAAGGAUUGACCAAACAGUUCACAGUACCUGGUAACACCCUAGUUUUUCAACCGAGCAUAUAUUUAACUGUGAUCGUGAACACUCCAUUCUUUAUGAGUCCAGCUCAACAAGUUCUAGUCAAAGGUGUCGAAAUAAGUAAUAUAAAGUUGCCAGAUAUUAUUAAAUUUGUAGGUGAUCAAUUCCAUAUUAUCGAAGGUAAAAUAGCAGAAGUUGCUACCUUUGCCAAUUAUCAGAUGGAUAAUCAAAGAGCUCAAAACGAAAGUAAUCUCUCUAAUAUAACCGAUUCUGAGAGAUACGGCCUUAAAGUUCCUAUGGUUUCGCCUGAUGCAAAUUUCGUUAAUAUGUUGAGGUAUUCCAUGUUGGCCAUUUCUCUUCUUCCGGAGAAUAGUAUAAGUCAUAUUUUGGUUAUAACCGAUGGCGUGGUAUCAAUGCCGGAUGCUAACAUAUUAGAGUCACUACUCUUCCAACUGCAUUACGAUUGCAUUUCCGUAUCUUUUUUGAAGGUUGGGUCACCUUUUCAUCCACAUUCUAGUUCCGGUUUUGUAUCAUAUACAGAUUUGUUAUAUUUUUUUGCUCAUUCUACCCUUGGGACCUGUGUACAGUUAAUAAAUUAUGUUAAACAGCAACCGUUUAUCGUGAUGAAUAUUUAUCACGAAUUGUUUCUUUUAUGGACUUUCCAUACCAAAAAUAGGUAUGUCUUACCGCGAACUGAUUCCAACGUAUGGGUUUCCGAAAACGAAAUAUUUCGGGGAUAUAGAAAACCGACCCUUUUAACGAAACGCCAGGCCGAAGAAAAAUCCAGUGCUUCCAUUUUUCUCUUAUUAUCUAGGCGAAUGAGAGAAGGGUUCACGAUAGACCAUAUAUCCUACAUAAAUGGUUUGUUGGAGGUCAAGUUGAGUUUGGAGUGGAAAUCCUCGAUUUUCAUAUAUUUCAAACUCGCCACCCAGUGGCCAAUUACGAAGGGCAACAGUACUUUAUAUGAAAUUUUUAUUGCAGCUCCAUAUGAAUUCCUACAUGAUAUAACAUGCUUGAUGAAAAAAGAAAAUAAAUCUUCAUACAGAGUUGCAAUAAUUGAACGAUUUUGGUUGAGGUUAUCUCAGUUAACAAGGGAAAUAGGUUUCGCCCAACAAUUGAGCACAUUUCCAACGUCAUCACUAUGGUAUAAUUUACCUGAUAGUGCAAGGAGCGGAAUUCCUGUAUUUGUGUUGAAUAAUACUCUUGGUCCAGACAGCACAAAAUCAUCUUUAACCCCAAGUGAUCUUUCCUGUCCAAAAUUCAAUCAUUUAUGGCAACCAAUCUGCCAGAUGGAAGGUAAUAAUUGGAGAAAAUGGUUUCACAUGCAUAAGAUUUCCCUUAUUCUGAAACAUGAUCAACUGCUUCCGAAGGGCUUGCAUCUCAACCAGUCUUCAAGGAGAUAUGAGACUGUACAGUGCCGACAAGCAGCUGCAGCAUUAUAUGGGUUCCUUUCAGAAUGGUCAACUUUUAUACUGAUUGAUAAUAAUACAUACUUGAAAAUCCUCAAAGAGCCUGACAAACCACCAGUGUCAUUUUGUAUAAUAAGAAUAACAUCAAAAUUGCCUUGUGCCGUUUUACAUAUUGGCUUUUCCACUCCCACACCAGGAACUGUUCGAAAAGAGAUUCUAGAACAGUUGAAGGCUGACAUUUCUCAGCUUGCCUAUACAACAGGUCCCCUGAGGGUGAAAGAAAACACCAUUUGUGUUCUGUUUGAAAAACCAAUUGAAAAAGUCCUGAUAAGAUAUGAACGUAUGCCCCAUGAUUUUUCAACUGUGAUAUUUCCUGACGGAACUCAACCCCCUCAUUCAAGCUUAAAUGUCGCCACACCCCUCACUAGUUCUCUUUUUAUCACUUUAUCCCGAUAUCUCUACCAUAAGAGAUGUAUAUGGGGAGCUAGUUAUUCCUUCAACUCUAGAUUAUCUGACACUGCUCUUUCAUGGAUUUUGAACACUAUAACAAAAAUGAGACUUGAGGAAGGUUUUCAUUUCGCUCAUUCUUCAGCUGGAAUUAUAACUAUGGUUAUGGAAUUGUGGAUGGAUCCUUUUGCAAGCUGCCUUGUUCAGUAUGUCUUAUUUCCAGUUAAUUAUAGUGACAGUAAUGGGUGGGGCGAGGACAGCAAUAGUUGUUCCGACGAUGAUAAUAAUGAAUGUGAUGGUGAAGCUGAACUACAACUCAUUACUGAAGUUUGGAUAGAACCACAGUUUGGAAAAGUACAAACCACCAAUAAAAGGAUUACGUAUUUCAAUAAUAAAUACUAUUAUGAAAUAGCUAAUAUGAUCAGCCAUAUAGAUCACCAAUGCAUAAAUACUCUACUCACUAUGGAACAUCUCAGUUUGAUGUGUCAAGAAAAAAAUAGAGCCUUGAGUAUAGGGUCUUCAACCAAUUUGUUCAAUUUAUCAUAUGCGAGUCACAAAACAGUGCGGAAAAACAGCAGAGGAAUUAGUCAUCCUGAAACUAGUCCCAGUGAUUCGAACAGCCCUCCUUGGUAUCCAAUUAUAGCUCCAAGGAUUGAACAUAUCCCAUUCAAAUUUGAUCCUAUAGCAAUAUUGCCAUUUUGUCAGCAAACUGAGUUGCUGUUCUCUUUAUUCCUUGAGAACAAUGAGAAAGCUAUGUAUUUCCAUAAAUGUGAUAUGACCAAAGCCAAUAAAUUAUUAAUGGACAAUAUCCAUGACCAUUUCAUGGUGUUACAUGAUUCAGAAUUGGAUUUAACCAAGGAAGAAUCUGAUAAAUUCACUAAACACAUUAUUGACAGAAAUAAAAAUAGCAAUUUUUGUCCAAUAACAGAAUCUAACAAAACAGACGGUUUUCAAGAAGCAUCUCAGUGGCGGUGUCUACUGAAGGGAAUAUCUAUUUCACAUGUUAUUCUGACAUUUAUUCCAGCCACAUUAGAUGACCUCAGGGUUUUGUUGGCUUCAGAAAAAUCGAAAAAGAUAAUUAGUGAACAUGUAGAAUCCUCAGAUAGACCUGGCUCAAGAAACAGCAACAUAAGUGAUGUCCCAAUGAAUUCCUCAAAUUGUUUGAUUUUGCCAGUUUAUGUAUAUGAUUGCCCUCUAGGCGUUUUGGUUAACGCUCAUGUGAAGAAUUUGAAGAACAACUUUGCCCACAAUAAGGAUGUUCAUGAAGAUCAUAGAUUUAAGUUUGCUGAAUUUAUCCAUGAGGAGAGUGUGAGGUUGAAGGAGGAAGAGAAUAUUCAACAUAGUCCUGAGCCUAAAAGCGAAGAUUCAGACUCAUCAGAUCCAAAUAAUAAUGCUAGAAUCCAUUGCAGAGCCUUGGUCUUGGCACAUUCUAAAAGUUUUGUUCUAUCUCUUUUCGUGGCACUUCAUUUUGAUUCAUAUAUUCAUUCAUCUGAUAUACAAUCUGCUAUGGAUCAAUGUGAAGAAAGCAUAACUGAGAUUGACAUUACAAACUAUAUCAUGACUGUGUGUGGCCAUGUGAAAAAUCUACAAGAGGAUAAAAUCGACAUAAAAAUACUGAACCAAUCAGCGCCGUGCAGUGACUUAAAGCCUAUUCAUAAUUUGAUUAAGGAAAAAUUCUUUCAACUAAUCAGUCAAUCUUUCAGUUCCAUUCCAACAAACAACGAGUAUUAUUUUUGUCGAAGUUUGAAUACCCUUAAACGAAAUAUAAAACAGCAUGAUAGCGAUGACGAUUUAUCGAAUUUAUCCGAAACUAACGAACCCAAAUCUGACAAAGAUUUAUAUUUGGAAAAAUCCCACAUCCUUCAAAGAAUGGAGAGUGGUUAUUCUGGUAUAAGUGAGGUGCAUAUGCCUGAUGUUUAUCCACUUUUUCUACAAUUAAUAUGCACUAUUCGAUACAACAACGGUGGAGAUUCCAAUGUAUCUGUCAGAGUACUACCAACUUGUUUGGGUGAAGUUAUUCAAAACAUCGAAUCUGAAAUAGAAAGUUUAGAUAAGUCAAAACUACAUGUCAGCCUGGAUAUUUUAUGCCUUACCCUUCCUAGUAGAGUCCAGAAUGUGAUAACAGAAUAUUCUUCGAAAGGUUUGAGAACUACAUCUUUUUGUUCUGAUGUAUUUCAACCAAGUUUUGGGAGCCCAUCUUCAGAAGCAAGUUUCACAGAAAUUCAAGACCCCGAACCAUUAGUAAACCUUCCCGAUUAUCAAAAGACAGCAAUUGUUCAACUAAGGGAUGAUAUUAAAUGGCUACUCAAAGAUGAGAUUGCAACAGCUUUAUUGGACGUUGAACCGGUUACUUCAAGUACGCUGAACACUAUAGUUAGUCACGUCAGUCAUAGUAUAGGUAAACCAUCGUGUGAUAUGGACAAAAUUAAUCUGAAUUUUGUGUAUAACACAACAGAUGGUUACAAUCAUUUUGUUGAGGAGUUUGUGAAAAUAAUUGUUCCGCCUUACAAAAUAUGCAAAAAAGAAGAUUAUUAUUAUUUGGUUAAAGAAACCCCUUUAUCGCAACUAAAUCUCGACAUAGAUCAAUACAAUUCAAAUAUCAAUGACAAUAGUGGAAUAAAUGAAGAACUUGAUAUAUUCAUAUCUCCUUGUGAUCAGGUAAAGGAUGAAGUAGCCUCCCAACCUAGCGACAUAUCUAGUGUAAAUGAUAGUGUUUUAACAGAUGGAGGUUAUGAAGAAGAUGUCAGUGAAGAAUAUGAGGAUUACGAAUGGCUUGGAAAUAUUGAUAUGAGGCGCCCUAAGUUGCCCAACUUCUGGUUGAUAAUGAAAGUUGACCAUGAUGUAACCAUUUACUUCCACUGCAGGUUCUUGGAAUUGCCAACACCAAAAGUUGGUAUAUACCUGGAAAUCCAAAGAGCUGUUAGAGAUGCCAUAAGAGAUCUUUGUAAAAGAGUUAACCAGGCCUUGCUUCUACAAACGCUGUGUGAAAGUAAAAUAUGUGAUAUUCUAUUAGAACCAGAAGAUAACUUCAAAGAUUGGCAUCCAGAACUUGUCACUACUUCUCCUAGAACUUCCGCAUACAAUCGAUUGAAAAGUGUAGAGGGGUCAAUAAUCGAAAACAACGACGAAAAUGAAGCAUCCAAGAUGAAAUCCAAAACUGAUCCAAGAUUUAAAAUUGGCGAAUUCAGUUGUCCCGUUGUUUGGCAAACUAACUUUGUACUACAUCCAAGAUUAAAAACAGGCUCAGGAAAGUCAAUCAUUUCUAGAGGAAUUCUAGCUUUGAAAAAUAUAUUAGACAAAUUUUCUGUUUCCAACAGAAAUAAUAUGUUUGUUUAUAAAGAUCAAAAGAAAAAUGUAUUUUACUUGAGGCUACAGGAGAAUAUGCAAACGAACUGUGGAAAAAACCCUUCAAUGAGACCUAACGAGUAUGAGACAGCCUUGGUUUCUAGAAGUCCUUCAAUUGCUUCACUUCCACUAGGCCAGAAAGGCACUUUGGGACAGUCAGACGCCAGUAUAUCAUCGAGUGCAUCGAGUGAGAUAAGACCCCGCGUGAGGAGCUUCGGUGAAAAGGAAAGUAAAAACAAUCCAACCGAAGACACAUUAACUUUGAAAGUCCAUGGAAUCACAGCAGUUGGCAGAGAUGUGCAGUAUGAUUUAGUUCAAGUGUUACAAAACAGACUUGAUGAUGCUGUCUUAGAAUUUCUCUCUAUUACACUUGCAAGAAAUGCCAUGUGUCCUUUGACUCCAGAAGAUGUUCAUUUCAUCCAAAAGCCGUUCAGGCCGCCUGAAGUUGUAAUCAGGCUAACUGUUGAGGAAUUUGCUGUAGGGUAUUUGGAAUCAUUCAUCUAUUAUCUCAAACAGAACCUACUCCAAUUUUUGAAUACACCAAAAUAUACUGAUCUCCGGUCCCAUUGUCACUUCCAGGAUUUCCCUGAAAAUGAUUCAUCCAACAAUAUGGUUACAGAGGGUAAUAUAUUCAUCUACAAUCAGAGUCAAAAUCCUUCUUCUGGAAAUAGAGGGAUAGCCUGCAUAGUGCUCAAUUUAAUAAAUAAUAUCAACAAACAAACAAUAGUAUCUGAGAAAUUCAAAAGUGACUUAGAGAACAGAAAAUACGAAAAUAUCAUUUCUACUAAAGUCAUAACAGCUGAAGAAUGUUUACCGGAUGUAUAUUUGGAAUUCAGGUUAUGGAAGCAGGGAAGAGUGAAUAUAGACAAUCUCAUUGAAAAAUUAAACGCAACUGUUUGUCAGUCUGUAUGGGAUUUAGUCACUGAAUAUUUUCUCCUCACAGAACCCCUGUGUAUAGAAGAUGAAUCAAAAUCCAAUGUUAUAAAACCUAUUCGUAUUGAUGAAAUGAAUUUGGACUUUUCUAAAGAGCUAGAAUUUAACGUUACAAUCAAGAGUAAUAAAGAUAGUAAUCUUCGUACACAUGGAUCUAAUAUAACCAAAACACAUGCACACUCUAGGAACAAAAAGAAAGCUAUAUCUCUAAAUCGAAAAACAUCGCGAUCGAUAACUUUUGAAAGUACAGGAAAAGAAAAGGGAUCUAGAAAAGAUAAACCAAUCUCAAGACCCUCUGUUGAGUUAAAUGCUUUGGAGAAUGGAAAUGCGGGUAUUUUGUCAGACACAUAUUCGAAAUAUUUACCAGAUUGGUUAGAGUGUGGUGUGAAUCUUUCUGUACCAUCUGUUAGAAAACACAGGGUGACUUUAACCAAUCGUCAUUUGGUUUGUGUCAGUAUAAGAGAAGUUUUGAAUUUGAUACAGGAUAGUUCGAGAGCUUUUACAGUCCUACCAACAAAUGCCCUAAAAAUAGAUGAUCGCUACAAAUAUGUAGUUUAUGUUCCUUCGAAUUCGGUUCAAAAAUGUGUGAUUGUAUCUAGAAAUUUUGAACAGUGGAAAGCAACUAUUUCCCAUAAAGACCAACCAGAAUUACUGGAGAUACUAAGUCCUCACGUCUUGAAACAUAAUCAGAAAUUUAUACCAUUAGCGGCCAAUAUUUUUGUACCCCGACAAAAAAUUUUAUGGGCUCUAAUAGAGAAUGACAAUAUCGUCAUAUAUACCUACAAUUGGACUAAAGAAAAAAUCGAUAAACUGGUGUCAAACUGUACCAACUUGGGUUUAUGGUUGAGUGUACGCUCGUGUUUUUUGAAUUCCUUGACUGCUCAGAAGUUAGGACUUUUCCACAAUCAACACUUGGCUAGAAAGAUAUUUUUGAGUUCCAACAACCCAUAUGUAUCGUAUAUAGGGAAUGUGGAUUAUAUGAGAGAAUUGCCGAAAGAUAUACCACGUCGGACUAUAGCAAAUAAAAAUCUAGCAAGAUCAUUGGAAGUAUUCAGAGACGCCUUCAAGAAGAUAAGAUAUUCAUCUAAUGAUAUUGUUGUCAUUUUAACGAUGGAGAUGCGCGAAAUUAAAUCAUGGGAGGAGAAAUGGAAUGAAGAAAUGAAAAAAUUGCAUUCUAUGUACCAAUCCAGAACCAGCUCUACCACUGUUCCUUUGAUAUUUUUACUAAUGCAGAAUUCGCGUAUAAUACACUACUGCCAUACACCUCUAUUGUUUCUGCCUAAAUGGCGGUUAAAAUCUGCUGCUACAAGGGACCACAGCUUGUAUCCUAACACAUGUACUGAUAAUCUUGAAUUGCCACAAACAGAACAUUGGCACACCGACCUCUGCUAUGGAUUUUUCUGUGAAUAUCGUAGAUAUUUACAGACUCUGGGUUUCAUGCCAUUGCAGUUUGACAACAAUUGCAAGCCAGGGAUGUGGGCCAAGGACAAUUCAUCGUUCGACUCUGUGUUCUACAUUCAAAAAACAAUUCUGGGCGGUAUUCUACUUUUCACUGCCGAGUUUGUUGAGCCAUUUUUUUCUACAAAACUUCAUGCCAUUGAAUGUAGCAGACUUCAGAAUAUUAGUUCGAGAGCAUCGAUCAAUAGAUUUACACUGAGUUUUCUGGAUGAAUGUGAUAGGGUGAAAAUGUUUAUGCACCUACAUUCUUUCACUUAUGAUUAUCAUCUACGUUCAGUCCACAAUUAUGUAUCAACCAACUCAGGGAUGUAUAGAUUAUGUGAAAAUUACAACUUGAAUCAGUUUUUGGACGAUUUUUUGAAAUAUUACAAUAAAGCACCAAAUUUUGCUAGGAAUUUAGUACAUGAAGAUACUCUGACAAUAAAAGAUCUUCUGACAGAAGGAAAACAACUAUAUGACUAUCUAUUACAAAAUAUAGAUCAGUACAAUUUUAGAGCUAUGAAAAUGAAGAAUAGUAAUGGAGACUUCGAGCAAAUCCUUGUCCAAGUUACCACAACCUCUCAAGUGCAUUAUACUGAUUCUCAAAACUGCCACCAUACAGACGACUUUGAUGUCACAUUAGUAAUCUAUAACUUAUGCUUUCCUUACAGCCCAAGCAACAAUGUCUUACAUUUGAAAUAUUAUCUCAUUUUGACCUCAAAAAGAGAACUAUAUCCUGCUGUUGGCCGAGAAGAAAAACUAGGAAAAUUCAAAACAGUAUCAUCAGCAUCCAGGAGCAUACUUGGAGUAACAACAGAAAUACAUGACUGUAUUACAAACAAACCAGAACAUUUUGAGGAUAUUUUACCCAUUUCUGAGAGUGAGCACGAAGAUAAUGAAGUACUAAAUAAAAAAUUAGACGUGUCUUAUGUAGAAAUAAGUACAGAAAAGGUAAAUUAUUUGGGUUACUACUCUUCCCAUGAAGAAUUGAUGCAAAAACUCAUCUUGGAAAAGGCUCAAACCACGCACAAUCUCAUAAAAAAUAUGGUCACCAAAGGGAUGGUUCAAUGUCGCAGUGAUUUGUUAUGGAAUAAACUGUUAUCAACCGAAUCCACUCUACUGUACAACGAAUUCAUUGAAUUGAAAAAUUUAUCCCAUCCAGAACUUCUCAGUAACAUACAUCCACAUAUGGGUCCUUUGUUGAACCAACCAGUAUCCUGGUAUGAAGGUCUCUCGAAACUUCUACUUGUUAAGUAUAACGAUCAUAAAAGGACGUUCAUAUCUCCUGAUGGAAAUGUUCAACAUUAUGUGAUUUUGCAUCCUAAUUAUUUUGGAGCAUUCAUGUUAUUGUCGAUAGAUUUGCACACGGCUAGAGGGGAUUUAUAUGCCGUCUAUCGUGAAGUGGGAAAAAAUGAAGACAUAGAUGUUUGUCGUGCAUACCGUAAGCAGUUACUUGAUGGAUUUGUUAAUUGUAUUGCAUUUUAUUUAUGGUCUGGGAUGAUUUGAUGAUAAUUUUUAAUCUAAUCUGGAUAACAUUGGAAAAUAUUUUGAAUGGUAUUGAACAUGAUACUCAUUAUUAAAUUUUGUUUGUUUUCAAUUGAGUUCUUUAAAGAAAUGGCCUAAAUUGAUACGCAAUUUAAAAUAUUUUCCAGACAUUUUAGUAGAUAAGAUGGUCUCUCACGAUAAUACAAGUUAGAACAUGCAUAUUCAUAAUGCAAAUGAGUACCUUAGUUGAACUUAUUAGAGAACUUUUCAUUUCUAUAAUUAUUAUUAGGAAAAAUCUGAGCUCAUCUGGAUAUUUUGAAAUUGUUUCCAAUUUGUUGUUCCUGAAUUAUUUCCUACAUCCCAGACCAAGUUAUUUCAUGUUUAUCAUGUAGCGUGGUGCCAGUGAUAAUGCAUAUGAACUGAAAUUAUUUUUAUAUUAUAAAUGAGACACACUGUGAUAAAUGUACCUCUGUUUUGUUUCCGAGAACUAUUGAAUAUUUUUUUAUCUCCAUGUGCCAUUAUUAAAAAAACGAAUUGAAACUAA